GUUGCUAUGGCGUUGGGGGCGGGGCUAAAGCCUGGGCCGACUCGGCGGUUUGGCCAGGGGGAGGGGCUUUUUGAGGCCCCGCCCUGGCCCCGCCCCCGGCGCCAUGCGGCCCGUCUGGACUGCUCUUUGGCUGUACGUGGCCUUGCUCCUGGGCCUGGACCUCGUUGGCCCCCUGGCUGUGGGGUGGGCCUCAGCCCGGGCCCCCAUAUAUGUCAGCAGCUGGGCCGUGCGUGUGUCCCAGGGUUACCGGGAGGCCGAGCGCCUAGCGCGCAAAUUCGGAUUCGUCAACCUGGGGCAGAUAUUCCCUGACGGGCAGUACUUCCACCUGCGGCACCGGGGCGUGGUCCAGCGGUCCCUGACCCCACACUGGGGCCACCGCCUGCGCCUGAAGAAAGACCCCAAGGUGCAGUGGUUUGAGCAGCAGACGCUGCGGCGGCGCGUGAAGCGCUCCCUGGCGGUGCCCACGGACCCCUGGUUCUCCAAGCAGUGGUACAUGAACAACGAGGUGUGGCCAGACCUGAACAUCCUGCAGGUCUGGAGGCAGGGGCUGUCCGGCCAGGGCAUCGUGGUCUCCAUCCUGGACGACGGCAUCGAGAAGGACCACCCGGACCUCUGGGCCAACUACGACCCCCUGGCCAGCUACGACUUCAAUGACUAUGACCCGGACCCCCAGCCACGAUACUCGACCAGUGAUGAGAACCGGCAUGGGACCCGCUGUGCUGGGGAAGUCGCUGCCAUCGCCAACAACAGGUUCUGCGGUACAGGAGUCGCCUACAAUGCCCGAAUCGGAGGGGUGCGCAUGCUGGAUGGCACCAUCACGGACAUCAUCGAGGCCCAGUCCCUGAGCCUACAGCCGCAGCACAUCCACAUCUACAGCGCCAGCUGGGGCCCAGAGGACGACGGCCGCACGGUGGACGGCCCCGGCAUCCUCACCCGCGAGGCCUUCCAGCGCGGCGUGACCAAGGGCCGCGGCGGGCUGGGCACGCUCUUCAUCUGGGCGUCCGGCAACGGCGGCCUGCACUACGACGACUGCAACUGUGACGGCUACACCAACAGCAUCCACACGCUGUCCGUGGGCAGCACCACGCGGCAGCGCCACGUGCCCUGGUACAGCGAGGCCUGCGCCUCUACCCUCACCACCACCUACAGCAGCGGCAUCGCCACCGACCCCCAAAUCGUCACCACAGACCUGCACCACCAGUGCACGGACAAGCACACGGGCACCUCGGCCUCAGCCCCGCUGGCCGCAGGCAUGAUCGCCUUGGCUCUGGAAGCCAACCCGUUCUUGACGUGGAGGGACAUGCAGCACCUGGUGGUCCGUGCGUCCAGGCAGGCGCAGCUGCAGGCAGAGGACUGGAGGACCAACGGCGUGGGGCGCCAAGUGAGCCACCACUACGGCUACGGGCUCCUGGAUGCAGGAUUGCUGGUGGACCUGGCUCGCACGUGGCUGCCCACUCAGCCCCAGAAGAAAUGCGCUGUUCGGGUCCUACACACGCCCACCCCCAUCCUGCCGUCAAUGCGCGUGAGGAAGAAAGUGUCGGCCUGCGCCGGCCGCGCCAACUACAUCCGCUCCCUAGAGCAUGUGCAGGUCCAGCUGUCGCUGUCCUAUAGCCGCCGCGGGGACCUGGAGAUCUCGCUCACCAGCCCCAUGGGCACCCGCUCCACGCUGGUGGCCAUCAGACCCUUGGACAUCAGUGGCCAAGGCUACAACAACUGGAUCUUCAUGUCCACCCACUUCUGGGACGAGGACCCGCGGGGCCUAUGGAUCCUAGGCCUGGAAAACAAAGGCUACUAUUUCAACACGGGGACGCUGUUCCGCUACACGCUGCUGCUCUACGGGACAGCCGAGGACAUGACGGCGCGGCCCACAGGCCCCCAGGUGACCAGCAGCGCGUGCGUGCAGCGGGACACAGAGGGGCUGUGCCAGGAAUGUAACGGCCCCGCCUACGUCAUGGGCCACCUCUGCCUCUCCCGCUGCCCGCCCCGGUACUUUAAUCGCCCCCAGCGGGCACUGCUGUCCCACUCGGUCCAAACCAGCGCCCAGGGCGAGAAGCAGCCCCUGGAAGGCCCCGGCUGA